AUGUCAUCCCCUCAAAUUCUCCAGGGCCUUCUCACCCUCCCCGGACGUUCCAGACAGCAGGUUGGUACUUUGAGAAACCGGUUCGGAUCAACAGAGAAACUAAAACGAGAAGCACGCCACCUCCGAACUUCCUUCAAAGUCCACCAGCCAGUCUGGGCUACGGCAGGAACCGCAACUUAUGCCACUAUCAGCGCUUUCUAUGUUGCUUUACGCUGGCUCCCUCGGCAUCUCUGA